ACCCGUCUCAAUAUCUGAACCCUAAUUCACCUUCUUCUCCUUUCUAUCUAUCAGUUUCCUCUCGCACAAGCAGAGCAAGUCACCAACAAUGGCGACAUCCAAUCCGAAAUGUUCAUCCUACACCAAAUACGAGACCCGAAAACGAAACCCAUACCCGAAAACCUCCAUCCUCCUAGUAAUCGACGCCCAGAACCACUUCUCCUCAAUGAUUGACCCAAUUCUCCCGAACCUCCUCUCCAUAAUCCAACUCUGCCGCCGCGCCUCGGUCCCAGUCCUCUUCACCCGCCAUAACCACAAAUCCCCCGAAGACUACGGCAUGCUUGAGGAGUGGUGGGACGGGGAUCUGAUCAUCGAUGGCACGCCGGAAUCCGAGCUAAUUCCCCCAAUUGCGGAGCUGGCAGCAGAGGAAGGCGGCGGCGAGGUCACCAUCGAGAAGAGCACCUACAGCGCCUUCGCACAAACUAGGCUUCAGGAGAAAUUGGAUUUCCGUAGUGAUUUUUUUUUAAAUGGUAGUCAGUUUUUCCCGUAGUGGUAGUGUUAUUGUCGUAUUGGUAUUGUUUUUAAAUGGUAUAGAUUGUUUAUAUUGGUAGUUUUCGUGUAAUGGUAUAGAUUUAUUUCUGCAAUGGUAUUGAUUGUUUAUGGUAUAGAUUGUUUAUAUUGGUAGUUUUCGUGUAAUGGUAUAGAUUUAUUUCUACAAUGGUAUUGAUUGUUUAUGGUAUAGAUUGUUUAUAUUGGUAGUUUUCGUGUAAUGGUAUAGAUUUAUUUCUGCAAUGGUAGUUUUCGUGUAUUGGUAUAGAUUUAUUUCUGCAAUGAUAUUGAUGUUUUUCAAAGUGGUAAUGUUUGUCUAAUGGAUUGGUACUAUUUUUUUUUUUUUUUUUUUUGCAGAAAGAUUGAGAAAAAUAUGGAAAGGAAAUCUGGUUGGAGAUCACGGAAGUGAGAGAAAGAGAGAAUUUUAAUUAAUAAAUUUUUGUAAC